AUGCGCUUUUGGAGUCGGCUCAGUCAAGUUCUUGGGCUUCAUGUAUCGAACAGAGAGAUAAAGAUCAACCCUGAUAAAAUCAAAGCCAUCGAGGAGAUCACCGUGGUGAACAAUGUGAACGUCGUACAACGGCUGGCCGAGAGGAUAGCUGCCCUAGGCCGAUUUAUCUCGAGACAGUGCCUCGAAUGUGAAAGGGUCCGAGCUCGGCAUCAUUUAAAACCACAUACGGGCGGUGUCAUCAGGCAAUCUAUCAAGACUCCUAAAUUAACAAACAAUGAGGCCGAGUAUGAGGCCAUGAUUGCAGGUCUUGAACUAGCCAAGGGCCUUGGGCCAGAGGUCAUCGAGGCAAAAUGUGAUUCUUUUUUGGUAGUAAAUCAAGUAAACAGGAGCUUCAAGGUUCAAGACGACCGAAUGCAGAGGUACUUGGACAAACUUCAAGUGACAUUGCACCGCUUAAGGGAGUGGACGUUGGAUCAUGUACCUCGAGAGCAGAAUAGCAAGGCCUAUGCACUUGCAAACUUGGGGUAA